AAGACCCUCUCUCCCUUUGCUUCUUCUUCUCUCUUCCCCAUUUCACCUCACUUUCCCUUACAUUUAUAUUACUCCGUAUUAUUAAAUAGAUUCCUCCAAUAGUCUUUUUCUUUUGCCCAUUGAAUUUCACAAUGACUCUCAGCUAAAACUGAAGCACCCCAAAUCUCAAUCUUUUCUUGCCUUUUCAUAUAUGAGGCUGAUUUCUAUGUUUCCGUUUUGCUGUUUUUCAGUGGUUUCUGUGGGACUUUAAGAUGGGUCUCUUGGGUUUUUGGUCUUUUCUGCAGAAUCUGUUUCUUGAGUCUAUUGCAGAAAAAGGGCUUCAUACCCACUAAUCCAAAUUUGUUGUAAUAAAGAGCUUUAAAAAUAAAAUCAAAUUGGUAUAUAGAUAUAAAAAAGUUUUUUUUUUUUUUUUUUUUCAUUUUUUCUGGAAAAAAGUCAUUGUCUUCAAAGACAGAAAAUUUUCUCUCCUUUCCUCUAAAUUUUGUUUUCUGACAUUUGGGGAGAAAGGGAAAUUUACAGAUAUGGGAAAGCAAGGACCUUGCUAUCACUGUGGUGUUACAAACACCCCACUUUGGCGUAACGGGCCGCCAGAAAAGCCAGUUCUUUGCAAUGCAUGUGGAUCACGAUGGAGAACGAAAGGAACCUUGGCAAACUAUACUCCUUUGCAUGCCAGGGCAGAACCGGAUGAUUUUGAGGACUACAGGGGUUCCAAGGUCAAAACCACACCUAUUAGAAUCAAAGAGGCAAAGGUUCUUAAAAGGAAACAUAUUUAUGACUAUCCCGAGGUCGGAGUUCCUACAGAUUAUAGUCAGGUUUUAUCGAAGGGCUUAGAUGAAGACACGAGCAAUAGAUCGAGUUCUGGCUCUGCUGUCUCGAACUCAGAGAGCUGUGCACAGUUUGCUGGCACCGAAUUAAGUGAUUUAACCGUUUUAUCUUCAGGUCCAGCCCAACCUAAUAUAUGGGAUACAAUGGUGCCUUCAAAGAAGAGAACGUGUGUUGGUCGUCCAAAGCCAUCUCCAGUUGAGAAGCUUACCAAAGAUUUAUGUACCAUAUUACAUGAACAACAAAGUUCGUAUUUCUCAGGAUCUUCUGAAGAGGAUUUGCUUUUCGAGAGUGAUAAGCCUAUGGUCUCCGUUGAGAUAGGACAUGGAAGUAUGCUCAUUCGGCAUCCAAGCUCAAUCGGUAGAGAAGAAGAAUCAGAAGCUAGCUCUCUUUCAGUCGAUAACAAGCAAAACCCUGUGAAUGAGGCUUAUUCCCCAUGGCCUACCCCUUCUGUACAUAUUCAUAAUAAGGUCUUCAAUUCACCCUCUGUGGGAACUGAGACCAUCAAGAAGCCCACUGGACAUGGAAUCGACCAAGAGUUGGUGAAAAGGGAUAAGGAUCGACUUGAAAAAUUGCAAAUGCUGGGGCAUCAUAAUUCACCCUUGUGUUACGUAGACCUGAAGGACAUUGUCAAUUUUGACGAGUUUACAAGUAAACUGACAACUGAUGAGCAGCGGCAACUGCUAAAAUGCUUGCCAUCUGUUGAUACUUCUGCUCCCCCAGAUAGUUUUAGAGGCAUGUUUGAGAGUGCUCAGUUCAAGGAGAACUUAUCUUGCUUCCAGAAACUACUUGCUGAAGGAGUUUUGGAUAACUCCUUGUCGGGGGUGAAAAUAGAAGAUUGUAGAACUCUGAAGAGAUUUGCAAUGUGCUAUUUGACAAAGUCCAAGUGGGUGGAACAAUAUAAUCUUCUCAAGGAUGUGAAGUGUAAAAACAGUAGCAAUGGCUUUGGAGUUGCGGGACUGCCUAAUGAUGUUGGCAUUGGGCACUCCAUAAAUGUUAAAAGAUCACUAGAUGGACAGAAUCAGAAGAUUUCAGCAACAACAAUAAUGAAGAGUCCCAAAAGGGUGGCGAGUAAGGACAGCUAUGAUGAAAACAAGGAGAAUGAUGGGUCUUUGUUUAGUCCAAAAUGCCUAUUUGCAUUGCCCCCCUAUAGCAGUUCCCCUGCGCUGGAAAGUUCAGAUGAUCAGGACUUACUCCUAGAUGUCCCGUCCAAUAGCUCCUUCCCUCAAGCCGAACUACUUCUGCCAUCGCAAUUUGAUCCUCAAGCAAGCACUAAUAGUAGCUCUGUGUUCCUCAAAUAGGGCUCAGCGCUUUCAGUUUCAUCUAUAUAGUUUGCUAUAUAUAUAUAUAUAUAUAUAUAUAUAGCAGCAACUCUGUGGAACUAGGUGAUCACGCCCUACUAUUUUGCAAAAACUUACAGUUUAUCUGCCAAGUAGAAUUAUGGAUGGUUCCCCCCUCAAAGUUUUUGGAAUUCUAGGGAUGGAAAUGGAUGGUAUGUUUCUUUUGUAUAGUUUGACAAAAGGAAAUGUAUAAUAUAGCUUGAAAGUGCAACUCCAGAAGAGGAACUGCUGCCAAGUUGAUUAUAUCUUGAAUUUUUUUGCAUGCAGUUAAAGGUAAAAGUUUAGACAACCUUCAUGGUUUCCAA